GACAACUCAUAUUUCGUUUACUAUCAAUUACAAAUACGCCUUUUUACUACACGAAUACCUUCUUCACGGCCUUACAAAGGAACUCAACCAAAAAAAAACUCUCUGAAAAUGAAGUUUACCAACGCCGUCGUUGCCUUUAACGUCGCCGCGCUUAUCAACGCGCUGGCCAUCUCCUCACGCCAGAAUAACAUACAAACCUUCACGGGCGCUCUCGGUGGCAAAGCGGCUACUCCCGUUCUGAACUCCGGCAAUGCCGACCGCCCAUUUAGCGUCGGAGGCGAUACGUUUGUGAAUGCUGGGGCUGCCCUACAGCGAUCUUGCGACCAGCAGUUCAAUGCUUGUGCAAACUUGGCGAACGGUGGAGACGCGAGUAUUUCCGUGGCAGAUUGUACGACGCAGAAGAGUAAGUCCAAUUGCAGUUGAGGAAUUGAAAAGAUGAUUUUUUACUGAUUGGUUUUGCAGAUCAAUGUACCGCACAGGAUACUGCGGGCGCGGCUCAGGCUCAGGGUGCCGCUCAAGCUGGAGGCCAGAACAAUAAUGCUCAGAACAACAACGCCCAAAAUAACAAUGCCCAGAACGCAGAUACUGGCAACGCAGCUAAUGGCAAUGCUGCUACCGGUGCCGCCCAGAACAACAACGGAGCCCAGAAUAAUGUGGCUUGCAAUGGAGCUCAAGCUGGAGCUGCGAAUGGUGCCGCCCAGAACAACCGAAGGACUCAGAAGGCCAGGAAGGCUUAGAAGAUCGACAGGGCUGAGAAGACGGACAAAAUCGACGUCACUCGUGGGUAAGA